AAUACAUCCAAUCACUAGGCCAGCCAUUAUCAAGCACCAUGCACUGUUGAAUAGACAAGCCAAUGGCGCCCUGCAGUCUCCAGCGGUCCUGCCAAACCACAGCUGAAUGCCACGAUAUGCUGGAUUCGUGGCCGGAGUGUUUGGCUAAGAUGAAGCAGCGAUGGUCAGGGAGCCGAAUUCCCAAGUCCAAUUAUGAGGAUAAUCAUGCCUUAUCUCGCCCCAACUGCCAAGUGGACCGGUGCGACGGCGGCUCGUCCCUUACCCCUGGCGUAGCUUCAUUCAAGUUCCUUUUAAGGGGGCCCCGUCCGUCGUAACCCCUUUCCCUUGAAACCUGCGCGUCUGAUCUUCUUCAUCGGACACAGGCCUCAAAAUGUUCGGCAAUGGUUUGAUGUCGUGGCUUCGGCUUUCUUCCGAGAUGGCCGUGCCCGAAAGCAAAUGGGAUCCCGCGACCCUGACUAUGCAGCCUGCGAGCCCAUCGGCGGAGCACGUUAUUACGGAGCAACCGCGCACCGGAGAAUCGAUGCAGCUGCAGAUCCGCGGUGGCGGUGAGGGAGAGGACGUCUGCUGUGGAGUAUGCGCCGGUCUCUGCUGUUUUGAAUGCUGCGAAUGCUGCUGUGGCGGCGAUGACGGUCCUCCAGGUCCUCCUGGCCCCCCUGGGCCUCCGGGACCUCCGUGAGCUUGAACAUUGUCUAGGCUUGGAGGAUGUGCUUGAGCUUGGAAUCUGUCAUUUUCUUCGAUGGUUGUUAGUUGUUGUUGCUCAACCCAUUCUCCAGGCUCAGUGGUUGUUGACUGUAAUACAUUCC